AAGUCAGACCAGCUCUCGUUUGCAGCUCAUCUCCUGACAAAAAACAUGUCUCAGUUGCAAUGGCAAUUCCUUGGCUCAAACAUCAGAAAGGCACAUGUACUGCUCUGAGGUGGGAGGUGUCGAUCUAUCCUGGAAACCUACCCAAAGGAGAAGGGAAUCGAUCCCUUGUGAAGUGAGGGAACAACUCCAGUUCACUGGUCUGGCUGCUUGUCCUCUCCGGUCAUCACAACUUCAACAUGGAUGCCUACUCGCAAUUUUAUUCCAAAUCUUCUGAGGAUUACAUCAGCUUCUCAGUCCAGUUUCUCGGUUGCACUGUGGUGGAGGACCCCAGCUCAUCAGAAGCGGUCAGCCAGGCUGUACGAGUGCUGAAGUUGAGCUCUUUAUCCGAUUCUCUGAUGCUGCAAACUCGAAUCGCCAAAGUGCGGGGACGGCUUCCGGGGAUAAAAAUCAGGAACAAGGAGAAGUCCGGCGCCCCCUCGGUGGAGCUGCAGGUUUCUCUCCAUGCACUCAGUGUCCUAGACUCGAUAUCAAAGGAAGUCUUAUACAACAGUCCCAUUGGCCUCGUCUCCUCUUGCACUUUGGAUGAACUUGAUAAAAGCCUAUUUAGCUACGUGGCACUGGAGCACGAGUCCGGACGGCACAUGUGCUACGUUUUCCAGGGUGGGAAACAUGUUGACGAGGUGACUGAGACGAUCGGGGAGGCUUUCAGUGCUGCUCACACUCAAAUGCUCCGCGCUCCAUUGGCCGGCAGUGACACAGGGAGAAAAAUCAAUUAUCUUCAGAAAAUGAACCGGAUUCUGGCAACUGAAAACGAAGAGUUAAAGAGACGGGUUUCGGAGCUGGAACAGAAACUCUCCAACAACAAGGAGACAACGACAGACUUUUCAGUCCAGAAACAGGCAAAUUUUCCUCUGACAUCACCAUCUAAUCCGGACACUCAGGUGCUGAGUCUCAUCACCAGGCUCCAUGGUGAAUAUUAUUUGAUCAGAUUUUAACGUUUUGAAAUCAGCAUUCCCCCAAUUCCUGUUAGAGCAGCCACCUGAGUCCCCAAAUUCUGCCUCUCUGAUCCCCCAAAUGUUUCACGUGUGAGUGGGACUCGUAUCUCACACAUGCUUCACAUGUGUAAAUGAAGAACCCUAGCGUGUCUAAUCGUUACUCAUAGCUGUUUCUUAUAACACUGGGAUCAUCCUCGUUGCUCUGCUCUGCCUUUAAGGCCUCACGCUACGGUGGCCAGAGUUGUGUGCAGUACUCAUGGUGUGGUCUGACUAGACCAUUGUACAGCCUAAAAAUGACAUCUAUAAACUGAAUUGAUUUAGCAAUA